AUCAGGCCACAGGGGGGCUCCCACUUCUUCCUCCUCGACAGUCCUCAGUCCUCCGUGCGAAAUCUGUUCGCACUCGCAGUCGCAGUCACCACUGUUCUCCAGGGAUGGCGCCGUGUUGCCUGCUCCAGAUCGGUUGGUGUCUCGAGCGCCCCCGUGGCUUUCGCCUCGCCGCGGCGCUGUGCGCGGCUGUGGUCGCGCUGGCGCUGGCGCCCGCCUUGGAUGCCACGUCGGCGUCGCUUCUGGGCAUCAACUACGGCCGCGUGGGGAACAACCUCCCGCCGCCUCAGUCCGUCAUGCCGCUGCUCGAGGGCCUCGGUAUUGGCCGCGUGCGGAUGUACGACGCCGACCCCACCGUGCUGCGCGCGUUCGCCCGGACCGGGGUCGAGCUCAUCGUCGGCGUGCCCGACGAGUGCCUGGCCGCCGUGGCCGACCCGAGCGGCGCGGCACAGUGGCUCAAGGAGAACGUCGCGCCUUUCCUGCCGGACACGAAGAUCUCCGUGCUCGCCGUCGGCAACGAGGUGCUCACCGGCGCCAACAGCUCCACGCUGUCGCGCACCCUCCUCCCGGCGAUGCAGUCCCUGCACGGCGCGGUGGCCGCGCUCGGCCUCGACAAGCAGAUCACCGUCACCUCGGCGCACAACCUCGGCGUGCUCGGGACGUCGUACCCGCCCUCGGCGGGGGCCUUCCGCAAGGACCUGCUCCCGUACCUCUGCCCCAUCCUGGACUACCAUGCCAGGACCGGCUCGCCGUUCCUCGUGAACGCGUAUCCCUACUUCGCCUACUCCAGCGACCCCAGGGGGGUGCAGCUUGACUACGCGCUGCUCGACCCGGGCUUCGCCGGCGUGCAGGACCCCAACUCCAGGCUGCACUACCCCAACCUCCUCGUGGCGCAGGUGGACGCGGUGUACCACGCCAUCGCGGCGGCCAAUACCGCGGCGUCGCGGGUGGUGGAGGUGCGGGUCUCGGAGACCGGCUGGCCCUCCGCGGGGGCCGCCAACGAGACGGCCGCGACGCCGCAGAACGCGGCGCGCUACAACAGCAACGCGAUGCGCCUGGUGGCGGAGGGCAAGGGCACGCCGCUCAAGCCCGGGGCGCCGCUCCGCGCCUACGUGUUCGCGCUCUUCAACGAGAACCUCAAGCCCGGGUUGGCGUCUGAGCGCUACUACGGCCUCUUCAAGCCCGACGGCACGCCGGCGUACGAGCUCUCCUUCAAGCUACCGCGCGACAACUCCACGUUUGGUCACGGAGAUACCGGCAAGGGCGGUGGCGGAAUCGGCGGUAACGGCAAUGGCAAUGGCAGCAGCUGGAACAAUAGCGGCGGCGGAAACAGCGGCUACUAUGACAUCUCGGCUUCAGCACGUGACACUACGGGUCACUGGCGGAUGUGGGCGCAGGCGGCCAUGGCAGGAGCAGUAGCCGUCCUGACACUGUAGCGCCAAGGGUAGGAUCAGGAAUGGAGCGGAGUUGCCGUCCUGGGGCAGCGGCCUGAUUUGGUGCUCCUCGUAUGCUGUAGUUUCUGAGACCGACCUGUGACUGUGAGUGACCUUGUGCUUCCGGAAAUCUGGUGGCAUCUAAAGCACUCCUAGUUUUAAGCAGCGCUGGAUCAGGUUUGCCUGCCUGCUUGAAAUGAAACCCUUUCCAAAUACUGGUAGCACCCUGGUAAAAAUCCUCUAAAAUAGUGCUGCGCUGCUUCGUUUUAGACAACGCUGUUAAUUCCGGUCUUUA